GGCGGGGCUUGCAAACAGCAGACAACAUCCUGAUGUAAUUUUCUCCAAAAUGGCGGAUCGCAAAGAAGAUGACAUCUUAUCAGAAAAGGAUGAGCCGGAGAGCGAGGAUGAGACCUAUGAGGUGGUGGACCUGACAGAGUAUGCCCGGAGGCACCAAUGGUGGAGCAUGGUGUUUGGGAAUAACUCUGGUCCCCUCGCAGAGAAAUACUCUGUCACCACGCAGAUCGCGAUGGGAGGGGUCACUGGCUGGUGUGCAGGAUACUUGUUCCAGAGAGUAGGGAAGAUAGCUGCAACUGCCAUAGGUGGAGGGUUCCUGUUAUUACAGAUAGCGAAUCACAGUGGCUACGUGCAGGUGGACUGGAAGAAAGUGGAGAAGGAUGUGAACAAAGCAAAGAAACACCUGAAGAGAACCAAGCAAGCAGCCCCUGAAAUUAACUCCUUCUUCGAGGAGGUAAAGGCCACAGAGUUUGUCAAGAAGAACAUUGUCCUGUCCAGCGGGUUUGUGGGUGGAUUCCUCCUGGGCUUGGCCUCCUAAUGGCGUCGGGGCCAAUUCACGACAGAGGAAGUCGUUACAUAGGAAGAAGGAAGCUGUCAUUACUGUGAACUGAGUCACCACACGGGAUGUUGUCAUUAACUGUGAAUCGUUGUCUUUCUCCCAGCACGGAACUAGUCAUGAAACGGGUUUAGGAGGAGGCUGAACAUGUGAAGCUGCCACUUUAUGCCCCCCUGGCUGCUCUCUUCCGUUACUGCCCAACUGAUCAGAGUCUAGCUUGUCCACCCUCUUUUUAUUCUAUUUAUCUGGUGGUUUCUGAUCCAGGAUCAGUUGUUUGGGCAUGUUGAAUAUGACAUUUUUAUACUUCAUAUUCAUAAUCAGCUCUACCCCCAACAUCAAUGUAUGUGAAAAUGUCACGUUUCUAUGUUUUGAAUCAGCUAUAUUAUAUAUAUUUGUUCACCGUCAUAUGGUGUGCAUCAUGUGAUUUGAAUCAAUUAGUGAACUAUGCCUACUCAUAAUUGGUUGAAAUCACGAUGCACACCAGAUGAUGCCAUUAGAAAAACUCAUUUUGACUUCAAAACAUAGAAACAUGGCAUUUUCACAUAUGUUUGAGUUAGGGUAGUUCUGGAGAUGAUGAAUAGAAUGUUGGAAAUGUUAGAAAUGUUCCUUUAAGUGCACAACGCGACACCUCUUGAUAUACUACUAAUAUACUGUACCACACACUGGACAUAGGAUUCCUUGGCCCCUGUCUAUCUGGUGCCCUCUUUUACCUGGAAGAACAGGUCUAGGAUCAGGAAUGUGUCCCAAAUGCCCAUAGUGCACUACAUUUGACCAGAGUCCUAUGUAGGAAAUUAGGGUGCCAUUUGGGACACAGGCCAGCUCUCUAAUGUACUGUAGGUAUAUCUGUGUGCAGGUUAGCGUUUUUCAUAAAGAAUCUUUUUCUGGGGGCAGCUCUGCAGAAUGGUCACUAGCUGGCACAGCCACAAAAUCUGAUUUUAAAUCUAACUGUAACCACACUGUUAACCCUAAUGCCUAACCUUAAAUUUAGACCAAAAAGUCUAAUGUAGUUUUCAUGAAUUUUUACAAUAUAGGCCAGCUGCAAAGUCAGAAUUGGCUAUCUAGCAGAUUUGCUUAGUUCUGCCUCCAGGACAAGACUCAUUCCAAAAAAUGUGAACCUGCUAUCAGUGUAGUAAUAGGAAAACAUGUGAUUUAGUCAUGUGUAGAAUAUACUAUCAGUUUUAUAGAUAGAAGGACAUGUACAGUAUAAAGUCAGUGUUCAGUUGCUUAUGAGUUGUUCCAUAUUGUGUCUUUAACUAUUUAAAUAUUACUUGUCAGGAGUAUGAUUUUCCAUUAGUUUCUGUACUUCACCAAGUGCACAUUCACUUCUUACUGCCAUUAACCUCCAUAUGUUCUGACCUCCUGAAUGCUAUUUUGAAAUCUUGAUAACCAACCAACCAUAACUAUAGAUUUGUCUUAUGAUUCUGUUUUGUCAAAUAAAGUUGCCUGAUUUUUGUUGGUUAGCAAUGUUAACAGUUGUGUGUGUGGUCACUGGACUGCAUGGCAGACAUGCAUACAAUCAGGGCUUGGUUUGUACACUGAGUGGAUUAACAGUCUAUCUUGACACGUUUAACUUCUCAACAAUAUAUUUAUUUUGAUUAUUAAAGCCAGCAUGACUUUCAGAUUUCAGUAGCUCUAUGGCUGCCUUUACACAGAAACCCAACUCCGAUCUUUUGCCAAAUUAUUGGUAUUUUGGCCGAUCAGGUCAGAUUUUUUGCCAGUAAUUUCGGCAAAAGAUCAGAAUUGGGCUGCCUGUCUAAGUGUAGUCUAUGAGUUCUGGGAAUGCAAAUGUCCAGAUUGUAUGAUGUGAAUAGAAAUGGAUGUGUCAGCAUGGAGGAUGGGUUUGUAAUAACCAUCAUGCAUGUCACAGCAACAAUGAAUGAGCAUUGUCACAAUACUAAGAUAUUUCACCACUAUGUCUCUGUAUUCAUCUACACUGUGAGAUCUGCUUUUGAAAGGUACUGCAUGUAGAAAGUGACAAAGGAAGAUACUCACCAAAUCAAUCUGAAAUAAGUACUAAUUGUCAAUUUUUUUGUGUUUACCUCUGUCACAGAGUACAAUAUCAAUUAAUAAAAAAUAAAAAAAUUGGGUUUAUAUUAAAUGCACAUUGAAUAGGGGUUUAGUCCUGAUAGGCUUUCUGUAGCUAGGGAUUUAGUUCUGGGAUUUAUAAAGUACUCUUUGUCAAUUGACCUCCUUUCAAAUAAAAUUGUAUUGAUUUAUUGUAA